AUGUCUUCUUUGAACAUAUCCUCGGCCCCAGGGAUCUCUGUUGUACUGCGAAACCCUUUAGCUUCGUCAACAACCCUCCUCAGACCAAGUGGAAGCUUGCCUCGAAGACCUAGACCGCAUCAACAUGUUCGGGACUUCCGAUUGAGCAUGUGGUCAUCCUACCUCGAUCCUACCUUCCAGAAAGAAACCCAGCGUCGAUAUCGACGAAUAGAGAAACACAAGUAUAUUGUAGCAUUGAAUAGGAAGCUGUCUUGGGAUCGGCACUUUCCAAUAGACUCCAAGCAUGCUGGGCUGAAGGGCUUCAGGUGCAGCGCAUGGCGGGGUCAGGAUUCCGGAGGUGGUGGACGAUGGCUCAAUGUGGAUGACUUGAAAAGUGUCGACGAUUUCCAUCGACACAGUCAGGAACCCCAGUCUGGCGGGAAUGCACCUGCAAGGAACCGUCGUAUUGUCUAUGAAUACAUCCGUGAUAAAUCACCCAUGUUCGGCAGUAAAGGUGCCAAUUUCACCAAGCCGGAGCCAGACGCGACGUCCAGAACCGACUCAUCAAACGAUUCAGCGAAUUCCAUAACAUAUGGACAAGAGGGAUUCCGGAAACGGUUUCACCAGUAUAUGGACACCUCCAUCGAGCCCGAAUAUGAGAUUGACCCGAUUACUAACCGAAGAACUCCUAAAGAGUCCUCCGUGACCAAAAAGAUGGCACCAAGUUCAGACGACAAUAGCGUGAAAGUUUCCAAAGAAUAUCAAUCCCAAUUCCACGAAUUUGAACCGCCGACUGCAUCGGCAGAUAAAACCUCACCAGAAUCCGCGAAUGAUUUUAACUCGCAUCGAGACAGCUCAAGAAAGUUAUUGGAAUUGGAAGAGCCUCUCCAGAAAACAGGUCCUGACCAAGACGGCUUGAAUGUUUAUGAUGAGAAAGCCGACUACGAAUUCGGGAAAUUCUAUGACUGUGCUGGCUUGGAACUGGAUUACUCUGACUCGGUGCAGAAUGGACUGAAACAUUACGACAACAAGAUAUCGGGUGGGAAAGCAUGCACCGAAUCGGAAGACAAGAUCGCUAAGAGUGCCCAUGAACCAGCAGAGCACGAUGCCGAAGCUGACCACAGUUCAUGUAGCUACAGUAAGAGAUCUGAAGUAAAGACCCUGACGGAGGACCCUGUUAUGCAAGCGAUGAACGACUGUGAAUCGACACCAACUGAACCAGCAGGGUCUGUCAAAAAGUCUGAUAUGGCGUCUGAACCACUGGGUCAUUUUGAACACGCGACCAAGGAGUACGACGUCUCCGAAUGGUAUAGGCAAUCACUGAAACGAAGAUAUGGAGAUGAUUUGGUCAGAGCAAUCAAGGACUACGAGGUCAAAUUCCCCCGCUCCACGAUGAGUUCUACAAGCGGCGAGACAGACCUGGAGAAACAGAACCCUGUCAUGAAAGCACUUGAGGAGUACGAAAUAACUUCAGAAGAAACAAAAAUAACUCAUGAUGGAAAUGGCGGGCGACUUGACCCGGUUUUGAAAGCGUGCCGAGAGUACAAGAUAGCCAGUCAAAAAGAACCAGUAGACAGUAUGGAACUGUUGAGCGCAGCUGGAGCCCAAAGCAACCUCGAUAGGGUGCUAAAACCCCCCGAGCAUGGCAGAUCUCACGCCGAGAAAAGCGCAGAAGUCUCAAAUAGCCAACAGGAAAAUCUCCCUGUCCAGGAGGGACUUGAAGCGUACGAUGAGAAGAUCAACAACUACCACUUACCUUUCAAUGGCAAGAAUAGACCUAUCAACACAUUUUCGUUUUCUCCCAAGUCCUUUAACGACAGGAAGUUCAAGCCUGUCGUCGACGACGCUGCGGAAGACCUCGAUCUGCUGAGAUCAAGCGAUGUCCGUGCAGCGUCUGGGAUCACCAAAGGCCAUUUGAAGGAGAAUGAAGCGCAGAAAACGGCUAGGCGAAGGGAGCUUCAGCAUGACUUCGAGACCUUCUGCCAUACGACUGCACCCCCUUUCGAAAAGGUGCCAGGCCUCGAGAACUCUCGGAAGCUCGUAGAGGACCUCAGGAUCGAGCACAGUGAGCUUCUGAACCAUGCUGCUCAUGCCAGGGGACGCAUUGAUGCAAAAAUUGCCGAAGUCGAAGCUGGCUGGCCCGAGGAGCCCACGAGGAGCCCGAGGAAGAUGACGGGUAAUUUUGUGCGUGAUUUCCCCGAGGAGUUCGAGGCAAGCUGGGCAGCGAAUCCAGGCUCGGAGACAUUGAUGUCUAAGUCCAAAGCAGGAAAAGACAGUAACACAGAGCCAUUUAUCAUUGGGACUGCGCCGAAUGAGCCUUAUUCAGCAAAUCCCGGAAAUCCCAGAAUGGAAACUUCGCUUGAUCGCGCCCUUUCUCAAAAUGUCGAACGGAAGGUAGAAGAAGAUUUGAUGCAGGGCGAGGGAGACAUCGCGCCGACGGUGAGACUAUUUUCCCCUCCAGAGUCCCAGCAGAAAAUCGACAAGAACGCUUCGCGACAUACAGAUAUGUCCAGGCGAAGAACCGCAGAUUUCAUGCCGAAAUCAGCGGGAGAGAAGGAUUCUAGUCCGAUCCGCGCGGUCCAGAGCAUUUACGAAGAUGCUCAUGGCGAAGGUAACCCUGCGCAUCGUGAAGUCCCAGUCUUUCAGCCCGCACCUUUCGAAACAAAAUAUACCAACACCUCAGCAAGCGGCGGGCAAUCUUCAGACUCCUUGGCCAAAACCCCCGAACCAACACUCUACAAAAUCCUCGCCUACGACCCAACCAUGCAAUCGGUUAGCACUGCCGAGACGACCUCCAUCGUCCCAGAUUCCUCAGAUCCCCUAACACCGGCCGAAGUGCUCCUCCGGCUCUCCAACCCCUCGAAGUUCUUCCCACACUUUUCUGCGCUACAAUCCCAAGGCUACGAGAUCGUCGCUGGGAGCGGCGACGUGCUCGUUUUUCGAAAAGUGCGCUCUGGCCCCGCUGCUGUAGCGUCGUCUAAAAUUAUCAAGAGCGAGGGAGACGCGGCCGCUGAGCUAGCAGCGGCAGAGCGUAUGCGUGUCACGAACCCGAUCGACGGCAUGCAAGCCCCCCCAAUGGCCGCAACUGGUGAUUUCGCUUCCCCGACCGGGUUCGUGAACCAUGAUCUCCCUCGCGGCUCGGAGGACGAGAUUCCAUUUAAAUCCAACAUUGACGUGAGGCGUGAGGAGCCUGUUUUCAGUGGUAGGCGCAAUUGGAAGGAUGUCAGUAAUAAGGGGGAGAGGGGAAAGAAGAAGAAGGGAGGGAAAGGUAGGGCGAGGAAGGUAUUUGUUGGUGCGAUUGGUGUGGCAGGGUUCAGUUAUGCUCUGGGUGUUAUGAGUGAGUUCUUUCGGGCGGGGGCUGCUGGUGGGAAGGGGCCGGGAGGGGUUUGA